CUACAGCAGCGCUGCCCCGCCUCCUGCCUCCGUCCUCACCUCCCCGCCCCCCCUUCCAGUUUCGCGUCUCCUAGCCCGACGCGCCCGCUCUAAUCACGUGAUUGCCUCAUCCGGGUCCUUUGCGUUCUCUCUCCCUCUCCCAACAUGGCGGCCUCAGCAAAAAAGAAGAAUAAGAAGGGGAAGACUAUCUCCCUGACGGACUUUCUGGCUGAGGAUGGGGGCACUGGUGGAGGAAGCACCUAUGUCCCCAAGCCAGUCAGCUGGGCUGAUGAAACGGACGACCUAGAAGGAGAUGUUUCCACCACUUGGCACAGCAACGAUGACGACGUCUACAGGGCGCCCCCAAUUGACCGUUCCAUCCUUCCCACUGCUCCACGGGCUGCUCGGGAACCCAAUAUCGACCGGAGCCGUCUUCCCAAAUCACCACCCUACACUGCUUUUCUAGGGAACCUGCCCUAUGAUGUAACAGAAGACUCCAUUAAGGAAUUCUUUAGGGGAUUAAAUAUUAGUGCCGUGCGCUUACCACGUGAACCCAGCAAUCCAGAGAGGCUGAAAGGUUUUGGGUAUGCUGAGUUUGAAGACCUGGAUUCCCUGCUCAGUGCCCUGAGUCUCAAUGAAGAGUCUUUAGGUAACAGGAGAAUUCGAGUGGAUGUUGCUGACCAAGCACAGGAUAAAGACAGGGACGAUCGUUCCUUUGGCCGAGACAGAAAUCGGGACUCUGACAAAACAGACACAGACUGGAGGGCCCGUCCUGCCACGGACAGCUUUGAUGACUACCCUCCUCGGAGAGGGGACGAUAGCUUCGGAGACAAGUAUCGGGAUCGUUACGAUUCAGACCGGUAUCGGGAUGGGUACCGGGACGGGUAUCGGGAUGGCCCACGCCGGGACAUGGAUCGAUACGGGGGUCGGGAUCGCUAUGACGACCGGGGCAGCCGAGACUACGAUCGGGGCUAUGACUCCAGGCUAGGCAGUGGCAGAAGAGCGUUUGGUAGUGGGUACCGCAGGGAUGACGACUACAGGGGAGGCGGGGACCGCUACGAAGACCGCUAUGACAGACGGGACGACCGGCCGUGGGGCUCCAGAGACGAUUACUCCCGGGACGACUACAGGCGGGAGGACAGAGGUCCCCCCCAGAGACCCAAACUGAACCUGAAGCCUCGGAGCACACCUAAGGAAGACGACUCCUCUGCUGGCGCUGCGCAGUCCAGUCGGGCGGCUUCUAUCUUUGGAGGGGCAAAGCCCGUCGACACAGCUGCUAGAGAGAGAGAAGUCGAGGAGCGGCUGCAGAAGGAGCAGGAGAAGCUGCAGCGCCAGCUGGACGAGCCCAAGCUGGAGCGGCGGCCCCGGGAGAGGCACCCAAGCUGGCGAAGUGAAGAAACUCAGGAACGCGAGCGGUCAAGGACAGGAAGUGAGUCAUCGCAGACUGGGACUGCAGCCGCUUCUGGCAGAAAUGCACGGAGGAGAGAGAGUGAGAAGUCUCUAGACAACGAGACCCUCAGUAAGGAGGAGGACUGUCACUCUCCAACUUCUAAGCCUCCCAAACCCGAUCAGCCUCUAAAGGUAAUGCCAGCCCCUCCACCAAAGGAGAAUGCUUGGGUGAAGCGAAGUUCUAACCCUCCUGCUCGGUCCCAGAGCUCAGACACAGAGCAGCAGUCCCCGACCAGUGGUGGCGGGAAAGCAGCCCCCGCUCAGCCAGCCGAGGAGGGACCAGGAAGGAAAGAUGAGAACAAAAUGGAUGGGAUGAGUGGACCCAGAGGCCCGGCCGGGACCUCCGGCCGUGGUCCAGGAGAGGGUGGGAGCAGAGAGCACUGGAAGGAGUCAGACAGGAAAGAUGGCAAAAAGGAACAAGACGCCAGAUCUGCACCUGAGCCAAAGAAACCUGAAGAAAGUCCAGCCUCCAAGUUCAGUUCUGCAAGCAAGUACGCUGCUCUCUCCGUGGACGGUGAAGACGAGAACGAGGGGGAGGACGACGCUGAGUAGCCCUCGUGCCCCGCGCGCUCCUCACCUCCACCCCGGGACACUCAAGAGCAAAUCAAACCUCUAUCCAGCAAGACACAAUAAAACUCACCAUCUCCUGGAGACCUUUCUUAACUUUUUUUUUUAACGAGAUGAAAUUCUUUCGCAUGCUGCUGCAGCCUUGAACGUGUUGACGUGGCCGGAGCGUGAGCACGCUUGAACAGAAGUUGGGCUGGGUUUUUAUGAGGCCGUGCGGUUGCCUGCGUGUCUGGUGCCCGGGGGCCUUCACUUAGCAGAAGUGGCCAUGGCAGCGACUGGGCGCUGGGGGGGGUCGGGCAAGCGCGUGAGAUUUCUGCCUUGCCUUUCCUGUCGUGGCAUAUAUGAAUUCACAGACAUUACCGAGUAGAUUGUUCACCCUGGCAAAGGUAGAUUUAGUCUCCAGGAGGCUGCCCGCCCCUCCUCCUCUUGAAUUCUGAGUUCCUGGGGCCAGCCUAGGAGGAUUAUCUUUAUUUUUACCCCCCAGGGGGGUAGCUGAGAGUCUACAGGCCACUAGUGAGCAGGACUGCUUGGGGACCAAAGUAGGAGAAUCGUGGUUUGCAGCAGAGCUUUGGGAGGUGCUGGGGGGCCUGGCGCGGCCUCCAGUGAGAGUGGCCACUUCCUGGCGCAGGAAGCGCUGGGGGUGGCGGGAAGUCCCGGGCUGCUCUUUCCAAACACUGUGCUCUCUGAACGCUGAAAUACAGCCACGUUCUGUUAACCCAAAAGCUUUAAAUUCAGAGUCUGGUCUUAGGUUCUUUGCGCUACUCUUAGACCUCCCGAAAAAGCAGUCUGUCGCAGUCAGGCACCUGCGCUCCCGGCCCCCGGGGCUGGGGAACAAGAAUCACUGCUUUGCUCCCCCAGCCCCCUGGGGACUCUCACUCCUCCCUCAGCCACGCCUGCUCCUGCAGACCAGUGCUCCCAGACUGGUGGUGUUGGCUGUGGAGCAGGAAGGACGGGCAGGUAGGGACUGGAAAAUGAACCUUUCUUGCAGCCUUCAUUGGGGUUUUUGGUUUCUGUAACCAGUUUCCUUCUCCCUGCUGAGUCCCACACACGCUUGGAUUUAUGAUGUGGCCGAGAUUAACGUGUGGGGGGUUUUGCUUUGGGUUUUUUUGUUUAUUUCUUUUUAAGCUUCCCUUAAAAGAAUGAAUAAUGGAGAGAACUCUUUAGCAAGGUCUUGGUUUCUAUGGCAACACAGUAGCUUGUCUGCUUGUAUGUGCGCCUUUGUGUAGGGUCCGCUCAGUAGAUGGUACCCACAGAGAAAUGGUGUCUUGGUGUGUCGUUGGCAAGCCCUCCCCCCAUCAGUCCUGGUGCGAGCCUGCUGGGCAGGGCUGCUGGUUGAAGCGCGCUGCAGCAGGGGGCGCGAUGGGUCAUUUGCUCAGUGGACUAAAGAUGACCAAGCGAAGUGAAUUACCUUCAAAUAAUUGGCGUGGGCGGGCUAGUAGCUGGGAAGUGGGCUUUUCGCAAGACGCCCAAAGCUGAAAGGGUCUUGGACCCACUGCUCGUAGGUAAUGGAAAGACAGUCGCCCCCUUCGUGUCUGCUCCUUCCAGAUAGUCGGAUCCAAAAAAGCUGUUCUUUCCCACGCCCCUGCCUUGCCCUCCUGUUAAGAUCGGAACAGGGAUUGAUUUAUGUCCCGCCCCUGAAUACAUGUAAAAUUUGUACAAAAAUAUCUUCUAUGAAAAUGAUUUGUAAUCUGUAGACUUAAUACCUGGGAGAUGUCUUGAGAUGUAAAAUCCCAUCCUUUGGGUUGUGGGGUUUUUGUUUUCUCCAAAUAAAUCUGAUCUUUAAAGUUCA